AUGGCAUCGAAUACUUUGAGUCUCAUUUGCUUGCGCUUGAGAUCAUGGUGCUUUCACAUUCCCGAGGCUGCAGCCCACAUUGGCACUCAAUAUCUUGUCCUGGCUUGUCUCCGGAUCAUGUCAGUUGGAUUGAGAGGAUCUCCAAAACCAAUUCACAACUUGGGUGAACUUCAUCUUAAAGCGGCCAAACGUAUCGGAUUCCUCGAAGAUGCUUUUGAACGACUUCAUUUGACUGAAUUAUCGGAAAUUCUUGAUGGCGGUAUCCACCAUCCUUUGAAUAUCAGUAGAAUCAAAGAAAGACAAGGCAGUCAGGUGGAAACAAUCCUACAUAUUCCUCUUGCUGAGUUACAACUGAAGUUAUCAUUAAAACAUCCAGAACAAAUAUUACAUAAAAAUGCAAAGAUCGUGGUUUCAAAUGGCAAGGAAGAGCAACACUUUAUAGUGGAACCAAGCCACUGUUAUCUGGUCGGUCAUAUCGAUGGCUAUAGCGGCAGUGCGUCAUUGUCUUACUGUGACGGUUUGAGAGGAUCAGUGGUGCUUGGUAAUACUGAAUACAGUUUGGAACCAGUGGAUGAUGGGGCAAGGCAUAUUGUUGGUCAACAUCGAAACCAAGACAAGCAUUCAUUUGUGGAUAAAGUUAACGAAGACGAUGUUUUUGAAGAUGACAAACGUGUGGUGACUGUUGAGAUGGCGUUGUACAACGAUGCAGACAUGACCAAGUUGAUGGAGGCAAGGGGACAUGACACCCUUCAGAAGAAAAUCGAUUACAUCGUAUCAAAGUUUAAUGGGGUGCAAUAUGAAUACACAAAAAUUGAACAACUCAAACAUAAAGUGGUGUUUCAAAUUAAAAAAAUGGAAUUUUGGACAGAGAAUCCGAGCUGGUUUCUGUUAUCAAACAAACUGAACACGAUGUUAAGUUCCCUUUGUAAAUGGAACGCGGACAAAGAACCUUUUGAUCUCGUUUAUCUCAUUACAGGGCAUAGACCAAUCUAUCCCAUUGGACUUGCAUUUGUAGGUGGAGUAUGCAGGCCAAGAAGUCGAUGUGGGGUUUCUAUGGGAGCAGCAUGGGGAAGAUACGUGGCCAUCGCUCACGAAAUAGGACACAUUUUGGGGAUGCCUCAUGAUGCCAAUACUCCGUGCAAGUCAUACCCGAGUGUCGACAGAGGAUUGAUGGGUGGCAAAGGGACAGAUUUCAGUAAUUGUUCUGUAGAAAGAUUUGAAAAGAAAAUCUCAAGUCCAAGUGGGCACUGUCUGUUUGUACAAAAUAUCCCAGACGAUGAAGUCCCAAAAGAACUUAAAGGUCUCGUUCUUAAAGAUCUCACAGAAGUGAUCAAUGUCACUCAUCAUGAAUAUUGUGAGAAAAAUGCCGGCAUAGGCUAUCGUUACCGUGAAAAGGAAAACAUGAAGUAUUCUUGUAAUAGCGGAUACUACUGUAUUAAACUGAAAGAAGGACCUGGGUUUGGUUUGAUAACAAGAGAAGGUUCACAAGGUAUUGUCGGAAUGUAUUGCGCCCCAGGAAAGGUUUGUUUAAAGAAACAAUGUCUAACCUACAAACUGAUGCAUCUGACCAAACCCUGGUUUGUUCGUGCUGGUGGAUGGGGAGACUGGUCAUCUUACACUAAAUGCAGCCGAACUUGUGGCACUGGAGUGCAGUUUGCAUUCCGCGAUUGUAACAAUCCAAAACCCAUCCAAUCAAAAUAUUGUGACGGUAAUGAAUACAAAGCUAAAUUAUGUAAUGAACAACCAUGUCCUAGUGAUCCAGCCUCUUACGAUACUAUAAGGAAGGCCAGAGCUGAUGAGACAUGCAAACGCUUGAUCGAUGAUGGUUCAUUAAACGCUACAAUAUUUAAACCAACUGGAAAGGCUUAUGGUGGUACAGGUUACGACAACGAUUGCGAUGUUCACUGCGACAACAGCAAAAGACACAGCCGUGACGCUAUUUUACCAGACGGGACGCCAUGUAAACAGCCUGAUCCGGAAUUUAAUGUAGCUGGUGCGUCUAAUUUAAAGCUGCACUGUUUCAGAGGGAAGUGUCAGGCAUUUGGAUGCGAUUCCAGAUUUCCAGCGCAACAUCAUGGCAAUGAUCCGCUUUGCAAUGUACCAGUGAAUUUAAAGUAAACGCAUGCAAAAUUGCUAGGAACAGCAAAAAGAGAAAAGGAAAAGAGAGAGAGAAAGCAAGAAAGAGAUAGAGAAAAAGAAGUAAGGAGAGAAAGAAAGAAAGAGAGAGAGAGAGAGUGAUAGAUAGAGUUAGAGAGAGAGAGAAGAGAGUGUAAUUAAACGUCUUAUUGGAAAAAUCCACUACCACUACAAAAAUAUCGAAGAUUUGUACAACCAUCGAAUAAAACAUUUCACUCUUUAA